CCCGCUACGUCUGAACUGCUCCGAGUCCUCCCAGCCUUUAGAGGCCUCUACCUCCCUCCGUGCUUGCAAGAAUGAGAGAGCGAGAGAGAGAGCAGGAAAGGGAGGGGAGGCUGCAGCUAUCAUGGCCGAGGACGAAGAAGAAAACUCGCAAGGUCGGCAACGUCUGCAGGAAUUGGUUGACCACCUGUAUCAUUUCCGAGAUCAUUAUUUUGAGAACCACAGUGUGGAAGAUGCUGGAAAAAAACGACAGGAUGUUCAGGAAGAGAUGGAGAAGACUCUUCAAAAAAUGGAAGCCAUAAGUGGCUUAUCAGAAGGGCGAGCGUACACACUGAUGCUUAAAGGGAAAGCUUUGAAUGUAUCAACAGACUAUAAUGCCCAGUCUGAAGAAUUGCUCUCCAAAGCAGUCAAGCUGGACCCAGAAUUGGUGGAGGCGUGGAAUCAAUUAGGCGAGGUUUAUUGGAAAAAGGGAGAUGUCUCUGCUGCCCACACCUGCUUCUCUGGAGCGCUCAGCCAUCGUAAGAACAAAGUCUCCUUGCAGAACCUCUCCAUGGUGUUACGGCAGCUGCGCACCAGUUCUCCUGAUGAACAUGCACAAAACGUGAUGGACAGCGUGCGGCAAGCCAAACUGGCGGUACAGAUGGAUGUGCGCGAUGGACGCUCUUGGUAUGUGCUGGGCAAUGCCUACCUCUCCUUGUUCUUCAAUACGGGGCAGAACCCCAAGAUCUCCCAGCAAGCCCUAAGUGCCUAUGCUCAAGCAGAAAAGGUGGACCCCACUGCUACUUGUAACCCAGAUUUGCAUCUCAAUCGAGCCACGCUUUCUAAGUAUGAAGAAAACUACAUGGAAGCCCUAGAGGGUUUUGCACACGCCGCAGCCCUUGACCCGGCUUGGCCAGAACCUCAACAACGGAAGCAGCAACUCAUGGACUUCCUUGAGAGACUAAGUGGACUCCUUGAAAACAAGGGCAAGGUGAAAGGCAAAAAGCUGCAAAGCAUGUUGGGAAGCCUACGGACCUCCCAUCUGGGCCCUUGUGGUGAUGGACAUUAUCAAGGGCCUUUGGGUCAGAAGGUAGAACUACGGAGACAAUCCCUUAGUGCCUUGCAGCCUGGUGUUAACACUGGUACUGUGAUCUUGGGGAAGGUGCUAUUCAGCCUGACUACUGAGGAAAAAGUGCCUUUCACCUUCGGAUUGGUAGACUCGCUCGAAGGCCCUUGUUUUGCUGUCACUGUUUACAACAUGGUACAAAGCUGGGGGGUCCUAAUUGGGGACUCGGUGGCCAUCCCUGAACCAUAUCUUCGGCACCAUCACAUUCAGCACCAGAACAAAAGUUUUACUUUUUCUGGCAUCCGCGUAGAGACUCCUCUGGUUCUGGUGGUGAACGGCAAAGUGCAAGGAUCGCAAAACCAGGCCGCCGCAACCAUUGCCUAUCAGGCACAAAGUGAAUGAGGAGAGAUGAAGGACAAAAUUUCCAGGGAUGCUCAAGAGUUUUAUGCUACAUCAGUUCUCUCUCUGCCUACUUUUUUAGUAGUUUAGAGAGAUGGGACGGAUUCGUAAAAUACCAUCCAGCCGUUAAGUGAAGGAGUGAGAGAAAAAGGGAAUUGCAGAACAUUUGUUCAACCUGGUGCUUAAUUCUCAUCUCUUUUGGGUUUUUUUCCCCCCAAGUUUCUUUUCCACAGACAGCUGUUUUGCUUUCAUUUGUACUGAAAUGAGUGUCUACAGAAAAUCAGAGGGCUGCUCGUUUUGUUCCCCUUCUCUUUAGUUUUCUCCUCCUUUUCUGAUCCCUUCUUUCAUCUUUGCUCUUGCUUUGCCUCCAUCGCAUUUAAGUUUGGGCAGUCGGUCAGUGUAGAUUUUUUUUUAGAUCCCGUUCAUCUGAAUCAAACUCUGUUUUUCUUACAGUUUAUUAAUGAAGUCAGUGGGACUUAGGCUAGCCUGGCUAUCCUAAAUCCCACUGUCUUGUGGGUCAGUAUGAUCAACGCUACACCCAACUCGUUAUUUCUUUGUAAAUGGAAGAGAUGCUUUCUGUAUUUAUUUGAUAUUAUUUUGAGAUGUUUUUUUUGUAAUUUUUGUAUAAUUUUUCCUCUGGACUCCUGAUCUUUUCCCUUCCAACCAAUAAAAUGAGUCCUUUGCCAUAA